AUGGCUACCUACGCUCUAUCCAACUCCCACAAGGAGUUGAUGGAAAGAAACCUCUCGGACCUGGACCCUGAAGUUGCUGAGAUCAUUCAAAAAGAGAUUCAACGCCAAAAGGAAUCAGUCCUGUUGAUCGCCUCUGAAAAUGUCACUUCGCGCGCUGUCUACGAUGCGCUGGGCACCCCAAUGUCCAACAAAUACUCCGAGGGUUACCCCGGUGCUCGCUACUACGGCGGCAACCAGCACAUUGAUUCUAUCGAAUUGACCUGCCAGGCCCGUGCCUUGAAGGUUUUCAACCUGGACUCGGACAAGUGGGGUGUCAAUGUGCAGUCGCUGUCUGGCAGCCCUGCCAACCUGCAGGUCUACCAAGCUCUCAUGAAGCCCCAUGAGCGCCUGAUGGGGUUGGACCUUCCUCACGGUGGUCACUUGAGUCACGGCUACCAGACUGCCCAGCGCAAGAUCUCUGCCGUUUCCACCUACUUUGAGACUUUCCCCUACCGCGUCAACGCCGAGACCGGCAUCAUUGACUAUGACACUCUCGCCGCCAAUGCUCUGCUCUACCGCCCCAAGAUCCUUGUCGCUGGUACCUCGGCCUACUGCCGCCUGAUUGACUAUGCUCGCAUGCGCCAGAUUGCCGAUUCUGUCGGUGCCUACUUGGUGGUCGAUAUGGCUCACAUCUCCGGAUUGAUCGCUGCUGGUGUCAUUCCUUCUCCUUUCGAAUACGCCGACGUUGUUACCACGACCACCCACAAAUCCCUGCGCGGUCCCCGUGGUGCCAUGAUCUUCUUCCGCAAGGGAGUCCGCAGCACCGACAAGACCGGCAAGGAGAUCCUGUAUGACCUCGAGGGUCCCAUCAACUUCUCUGUCUUCCCCGGCCACCAGGGUGGCCCUCACAACCACACCAUUACUGCUCUUGCAGUCGCUCUCAAGCAGGCCAGCACCCCCGAGUUCCGUCAAUACCAGGAGCAGGUGAUCAAGAACGCCAAGGCUCUCGAAGUCGCGUUCAAAGAACUCGGCUACACCCUUGUUUCGGGCGGUACCGACAGCCACAUGGUCCUGCUCGACUUGCGCCCCCAGUCCCUCGAUGGCGCUCGCCUUGAGACCGUCAUGGAGCAGAUGAACCUGGCUUGCAACAAGAACGCUGUUCCUGGCGACAAGUCUGCCCUGAGCCCCGGUGGUAUGCGUGUUGGUACCCCGGCCAUGACCACCCGAGGCUUCAGUGAAGAGGACUUCAAGCGCGUUGCUACCUACAUUGACCAGGCUGUCAAGCUUGCCAAGAACAUCCAGAGCCAACUUCCCAAGGAAGCCAACAAGCUCAAGGAUUUCAAGGCCAAGCUUGCCUCUGACACUAUUCCUGAGGUUUCCGAAUUGCGCAAGGAGAUUGCUGCUUGGGCCAGCACCUACCCUCUCCCUGUUUAA